CGUUGCUAUGAGAAGUUUGUAACAGUAUCAACACUGUUAACAUUUAAAGGUUACGAUUAAAUACAUUUACAUUGCGUGUAUAAAAAAAUAUAUAAGUGUUUUAUUUGUUAACAAUAUAUAAACUAUGGCUGACGAAAUAAUUGCGGAUAAUUGUUUAGAAAUAAAUACAGGAAAGAGUCCUACCCAAAUUCCAAAAGAUGCAAAGGAUAGAUUGUUUGAUGAAAUUAUUGGCCACAUUGAAGAUCUUUUACUAGAAGAUGGUUUUCAUACUAUUCAGAAAGAAUUCUUAGAAAAAUAUUGGACUAUUUUUGAACCAACCGAAGAGAAUAAAUUAGUUUAUACAGAUAUAUUUAAUGAAUAUAAUAAAACCGUGGAAACUUAUAUUGUUAAUUAUCUGCAAAAAAUUAUUCCACAUUUUAAUAUAAAUGUUUUUCUUGAUUACUUGAGUGAAAAACAAGCUGAAUUAGAUGGCGAAGUUUUUGAAGUAUUAUCUGCAGUUACAGACUUUUUGGCAUUUAAAGAAAUGCUUCUGGACUAUCGAGCUAUGAAAGAAGGAAAAGUCCAAGAUCUUAGUUCAGGAAUAUCUGUAACGUCUAUAAAAAAUCCUAUCACUGAUUUUGAUUUAAGAUAAGAAUAACUUUUUAUAACUAAAACUAUAAAUAUUUACUUUUGUAAACAAUUAAUCAGCAUUUAUCAAAUAAAAGUAUUUAUCAAAAA